CAGAGUUCAAAGUGAUUACAGUAUUGUGAUUCUUCUCUGAGUUUCGCCUCAGUUCAGAGAAAUCUUGUUUUGUGGCUGUGUGUUUCCUAGGUACAAUUAGGCAACAUGUCUGGUGCAGGUGACCGGGAGGCAGUCUUUCCAACCCGGCAGUCAUUGGGUUUGAUGAAGAAUAAGCUUAAAGGUGCACAGACUGGCCAUGACUUGCUGAAGCGUAAAAGUGAGGCCUUAACAAAGCGCUUUCGAGAGAUAACAAAACGUAUUGAUGAGGCCAAGCGAAAGAUGGGUCGAGUUAUGCAGAUUGCUGCAUUUUCCCUUGCCGAAGUCACCUAUGCUGUUGGUGGUGAUAUCGGCUACCAGGUGCAAGAGUCCGCCAAGUCAGCUCGUUUUCGAGUUCGCACAAAACAGGAAAACAUCUCUGGUGUGCUUCUUCCGAAGUUCGAAAGCUUCACCAGUGAGGGGAACAAUGAUUUUGGCUUGACCGGUCUAGGAAAGGGUGGCCAGCAAGUACAGCGAUGCAGAGAGACGUAUGCUCGUGCGGUAGAGACGUUGGUCGAACUAGCAAGCCUGCAGACGGCGUUUGUCAUCCUUGAUGAAGUGAUCAAAGUGGUCAAUCGAAGAGUGAAUGCUAUAGAGCAUGUUAUCAUUCCUAGAACAGAGAGAACUAUCAAGUAUAUCACCUCUGAGCUUGAUGAACUAGAACGAGAAGAAUUCUACCGCCUGAAGAAGGUCUCGGGAAAGAAGGCUCGCGAAGCCCAGAAUGCAGACGCUGUGGCGCAGAAAGACAUCCCUGUCAGUGAGAAGGAUGAAGUUGACCACGCAGGUACCGCAGACCUGCUUGGAGACCCAGAAGAUGCCGAUGUCAUCUUCUAAGCGAACUCCACCAAAGAUACCAGUAGCAUUGACGAUACCAUGCGAUCCCUGAAUAUUGCCGCAUUUUUUGUACCCUUUACAUGCUGAUUAAGUCGGAGUUGUGCCAAUGGAGAGCUGCGUUUUCGAGUAAAUAUUCGUCAGUUGAAAAUUAUGGUAUCAUGUACACAACCAGACUCUUUUAGCCUUUGCACCUAACCGUAAAGCUUUCAUAUGGCGCAUUUUUUUAAUCAAUAAGCCAAUCAAACAAGAAACCCCCCUUA